GUGCUGCUGAUGGGGCAGUUAAAUGUUGGGGCAGUUAAACACAUGUUUUUGUCACUCUGCAUGGGAUCUCACACUGUGAACCCACGCACGCAGUUUUUAUAAGGACCUUUAUUAGAGCAUUUGCAUUAGAGCAGUGAAGCAGUGGUUUUAAUCGUUUCUCCCAGUGAUCACUUGGUAUCGAUCUGUGGGACUGUACGCUGUUUGUUGCCAUGAGGAAAACCUGUCAAGUUAGAAAGAUAUGCAUUCUGACCGUGGUCUUAGCCCUGGUCUCUGUGGCAACCAUUAUCACGUUAUGGACUAUUGCCCUUACAGGGGGAGAUGAUGGUGAUGAUGUCACAGCUCCUUGGGAAAGCUAUCGUCUCUCCACUGAUUUAGUCCCUGACUACUACAACAUCACCCUGUGGCCACGUCUAAGCCCUCAACCAAACACUGGACUCUACAUUUUCACAGGGCAAUCCACUGUUGAGUUUGAGUGUGUGAGAGAGACUGAUUUGAUCCUGAUCCAUUCCAACAAACUCAACUACACUACACUGGACAACACACACAUUGUCAGGCUCAGUGCUCCAGAUGGUGGAUCUGCUCCUAACAUUAAGUCCACCUGGCUGCAACUUAAGACCCAAUAUCUGGUCAUCCAGCUGUAUGGUAAAUUAACUCAAGGACAGAGGUACCUGCUGUACACUGAGUUCACUGGUGAACUAGCUGAUGACUUAGCAGGCUUCUACAGAAGUGAAUAUGAAGAAGACGGAGUCCGAAAGAUAGUUGCCACCUCUCAGAUGCAUCCAACUCAUGCCAGAAAGACCUUCCCUUGUUUUGAUGAGCCAGCUAUAAAAGCUGUUUUCUAUAUGACUCUUAUCCAUCCCCCAGGAACUGUAGCCUUGUCCAAUGGCAUAGAAACAGAUACUGUGAACACCACUAUUGAUGGAGUAGCUGUGAUACAAACCAAGUUUGAGCCAACCAAGAAAAUGUCAACCUAUUUAUUGGCCAUUGUCAUCUCUGACUACACACACAUCAGUGCACAAGGAGACACUCUGAUCCGUAUCUGGGCUCGCAGGGCGGCCAUUGAUCAGGGACAAGGAGACUACGCCCUCAGUGUGACUGGACCCAUACUGAACUUCUUCCAGUUGUACUAUAACAUCUCCUACCCCCUCAGCAAGUCAGAUCAAAUUGCUCUGCCAGACUUCUAUUUUGGUGCAAUGGAGAACUGGGGUUUGGUUACAUACAGAGAAACCAACCUCCUCUACGACCCUGUGACCUCCUCCAAUGGAAACAAAGAGACUACUGCCACCAUCAUCGCUCAUGAACUGGCACACAUGUGGUUUGGAAACCUGGUGACUCUGCAGUGGUGGAAUGAGGUCUGGCUGAAUGAGGGCUUUGCCACAUAUGUGUCUUACCUGGGAGCCAACUAUGCUGAGCCUGACUGGAACGUGAAAGACUUGAUAGUGCUUGAUGACAUCCACCGGGUGUUUGCAGUCGAUGCUUUGACCUCCUCUCAUCCCCUGUCCUCUAAAGAGGACAGUAUCAUCCUACCUGACAGGAUCACUGAGCAGUUUGAUACCAUUUCAUACAGCAAGGGUGCAGCAGUGUUGAGGAUGCUGUCUGAUUUCCUCUCAGAGCCUGUCUUUGUCCAGGGACUCAAUAGCUAUCUCAAUCACUUUGCCUACAGUAACACAGUAGGGAAUGACUUGUGGCACCAUCUACAAAUGGCAGUGAAAGCCAACAAUGUUUCACUUCCUCGUCCAGUUUGUGAAAUCAUGAACCGGUGGGUGCUCCAGAUGGGCUUCCCUGUGGUUACCAUUGAUACUCCCACAGGAAAGGUGACCCAGAGGCACUUUCUUCUGGACCCAGAUUCCAAUGUCACAGUUGAAUCACCUUACAACUAUGAGUGGCUGAUUCCUGUUAGGUGGAUGAAGGACGGUGAGGUCCAAAGAGCUAUGUGGUGGCUGAUGGAACGGGAAGCGGUAAACUUGGAGAUGAGGAGUGGUGAUUUGUGGGUUCUGGCUAACAUCAACGUGACUGGAUAUUACCGGGUAAACUAUGACCUUGGAAACUGGGAAAGGCUCCUGGCCCAGCUGAAUUCACAACACCAGGUGAUACCAGUGAUAAACAGAGCCCAGCUUGUGGAUGACGCUUUUAAUUUGGCCCGGGCUCAGCUGGUGUCCACUAGUCUUGCUCUGAGGACGACCUCGUAUCUGUCUUUGGAGACAGAAUACAUGCCCUGGCAGUCUACUCUGGAUAACCUGCACUAUUACUACCUCAUGCUGGACCGGACUGAAGUCUAUCAGCCUAUGCAGGACUACAUAAAGAAGCUGGUGACUCCCCUCUUCCUGCAUUUCAAGAACAUGACAUCAGACUGGGUCCAUGUUCCUGACAGACACACUGACCAGUAUAACCAGGUGAAUGCCAUCCGUAUGGCCUGCAGGGCUGGAGUAACAGAAUGUCAGAACCUGACCACCACAUGGUUCAAACAGUGGAUGGACAGACCUCAACACAAUUUGAUCGAGCCCAAUCUGCGCUCAGCAGUGUACUGCAGUGCCAUUGCAGCAGGUGGUGAGGCAGAGUGGGAGUUUGGCUGGUCACAGUUCAAGAAUGCUACUCUAGCUAGUGAAGCUAGCAAGCUAAUGUCUGCACUGGCCUGUACCACCAAGGUACAGCUGUUGGAGAGGUAUCUGUCUUACACCUUAAACUCAAAUCUGAUCCGUAAGCAGGAUGCAUCCACUGUCAUCACAGCUGUUGCCAGCAACAGAGUGGGACAGAGUCUGGCAUGGGACUUUGUCAGGGAACAGUGGGAAUACAUGUUCACACAAUAUGGUGUGAGUUCUUUCAAUUUUGCCUCUCUGAUCAGUGGGGUGACGGCAAGGUUCUCUACACCUGCUGAACUACAACAACUGGGGGAGUUUGUGGAGCAGCAUGAAGCAGCAGGGUUUGGCACUGCCACCCUGGCUGUGGAGCAGGCCUUGGAGAGGACCAGAGCUAACAUCAAAUGGCUGCAACAGAACAAGCAGGAGAUCUGGGACUGGUUCAACAGUCAGACUGGACAUUAGAUUCACUAAGAUCCUGGGAGCUAUGACUCAUCUCCCAUAUGACAAUUGUUGCUUCUUUUUAACUCUGAACAAUAAACCAAUAAAUACAACAAAAACCUGGAGCUCCUACCAAGAAUCAAGUACAUGCCAUAAAAAAUACAAAGAGCACUAUGCAACAAUAUGUCAGGUAAAGCCUGAUAAUUUGUAAAUAUGGUCGGAUGGAACCUGAAUUAUAAUCAUUUGUAAGUAGUGGAUGUUACGGAUGCUCUUUCUUCCUGAUCUCCAUUCACUGUAUUGUUUUAGGUUAUGCGGCAGCUGCAGUUGGCACUCGAGGAUGUGAUGUCAUUUAUGCUGUUGUUGUGUGCACCUUUUCUUCAACCUCCCGCAGAAGCUGGACAAAAGUGAUACAAUAAAGUAUUUUUUCUUCCAACACAGAUUUCAUUUUCAAAUGUCACUGAAUCUGGGCCUUUGAUACUAAGGCCCAAUCUCAAAACACAUUUUCUCUCUUUAACAAGCAUCACACAUCCAAACAUAAAAUAACUAUUAGUUUGUAAUUUGAUGUGUGAUUGGUGAACAGAAAUCCAUCUAAUCCAGAUGCUCUUUCAAAUUGAAUGUAGUAUUGAUUUAUUGGAUUUCAUUUUUUUCAAUGUGUUAUCAUGUCAAGGUCAAGAUCAGAUUUUAAGCUCUUGUUUUUCUAUCUGAAUGCAGCUGUACAUGAAUUUGAUCAGAAAGACUGCACAUUGAUGGACUCCUUUAAUUAGUCUGAUUUCUCACAGCCACAAAUAUACACAGAAAUGAAUUUCAAACAAUACAUUUUGCACAGAACCAAUGAAAAGAAGAACAUAAUUUAAGAUACAAAAUAUUCAAACAAAGAAUACAUUAUGGCUUUUCAUCUCUGCAUUACAGCAAUGUCAGACACGCAUCCAAAUAAUUAAAUACAUGAAUUAAAAGGGUUCAGAAGCCAUUUCAUUGUUAUUAUUAGGCCCAAAGUACUGCAACUCUGUUUGGAAGGGUUGUUAGGCUCACAAGAGGACACAAUCAGUCUUCAACCAUGGAAGAUAAGGAACAGUUGUGCGGUGAAAAGUGGCAGAUAAUAUUAUCACAGGGGCAACACCAGAGUUACAAAAAAAAAAAAAAAAACAAUUUACCACAGCUUAAGUACAAGAUUACAA